AUGGUCAAAGUGUCAAUGAGUGAAUUAGAUCAGACUGCUAUAGACCAGAACAGCUUCAUCAACCUUCAGAUAGUAGCCACUGCUAGGAGCAGCACCGCGACUGCCGUCAUCACCCUGGAGAUUAUAAAAGACGACAAUGUUACUCCAGUAUUCGAGCAGCCAAUUUACACUGGGACCUAUGAUCCUGACGGGAAAUUGAUAAUUGAGCAAAUAUUAUUUAGUCAGGGUUAUGAUGGAGUUGACUCCGUGGUCUUUGACGGAGAACACAAGAGAUUCUUCACAGCGACGCGGAAUGGAGCCCACGUUACAAUAGAAGUAUCAACUAUACCGCCUGAGUUAUUCAACUUGGGGCACAUAAUAUUGUCUUUGCAAGCUACAAAGCCAAGGACUGUGGGUGCUACUACUGCUGUGAUCAUCACUCUGCCUGCAGGUUCGGAGCCGGAAGAUAAUGUAUCAUUCCAGAACCUCGUCCACCGAGGCACUGUUCAAGACAAUGUCGUCCAACACGAGGAUAUCAGAAUACUUGGUUUCGAUGGAACAACUAUCGACUUACAUGGAGAUUACUCAGACUUGUUCGCGGCGCGUGUCACGAACGGAUUGGUGUCGGUGACACUGAAGCCAGAACAGAACCUCCCCGCUGCCGUCACACGCGUAGCCCUUGAGCUCCACGCGAGAAGCGCAAGAGCUGUAUUGCUUCUUAAUGUCUUGGGAUCAGGUUCGGAGCCGGAAGAUAAUGUAUCAUUCCAGAACCUCGUCCACCGAGGCACUGUUCAAGACAAUGUCGUCCAACACGAGGAUAUCAGAAUACUUGGUUUCGAUGGAACAACUAUCGACUUACAUGGAGAUUACUCAGACUUGUUCGCGGCGCGUGUCACGAACGGAUUGGUGUCGGUGACACUGAAGCCAGAACAGAACCUCCCCGCUGCCGUCACACGCGUAGCCCUUGAGCUCCACGCGAGAAGCGCAAGAGCUGUAUUGCUUCUUAAUGUCUUGGGAUCAGGCAUUGAACCCUCAGUGGAGUUUUCUCCGGAGUCCUACGCAAUGUUAGUAUCCACAACGCAGACUGGCAUCGUGGGUCGAGUGACAGCUACAUCCAACAAUAAUGAAGCAAUCACGUACUCUAUUGACACGGACAACGGUCAUCUACUAUCACGUCUUUCUAUAAACAAUGAGGGCGAACUGCACUUGUCUGCUCCGGUUGAUAGUGGUGUUUACACUUUCCAAGUUGUUGCUGCUACUGCACAAGCAAGGGCCACAGCUACGGUACAUCUUACAUCGCAAGCAGCCACGGUAUGCGACGAUCACGGCAUUGUAGUACCACCGUUGAUUGUAAUAGAUCGAGACGAAGAAGAGGAACACAGGAAUCUAGUGGUACUUGAUCCUACGCAACAUGCUGGCUGCCGUUACACCAUGACAAAUCGAUGGCCCACACAGCAAUCAUGGCUGUAUGUCGAUGAAACUGGAUUACACACCACAGCAAUAGACAGAGAACACGAGUCUAUAGCGUUCAUGAGCGUUUCACAAGUUCAAGUGGAGCUUCUAUUACAAUGUGACAAUGACCCUGUACGAACAAGACGCUCGAAACGCUCAUACGAUUGGCUUGACCCCUAUGAAUACGGUAGCAAUAAAUGGAUCCUCACAGACUCGAUCCCCUACAACUCCAGACGUACCUUAGUAAAUGUGAUAGUGAAUGACAUCAAUGAUAACGCUCCUAUAUUUGUGGGUAAAGAAAACGAACCAAUUGCUGUCGGAUAUCCAAGUAGUGAGCUCGAAGAAAGGAUAUUACCUCGCUCUUUAGCAGAGUUGCAGGCGACAGACGCAGAUAUUGGAAUAAAUGCUGCAUUAAGGUACUCCAGUUCAGAGAGUGUGCUAGCUGUCGCACCAACUACAGGCUUCGUUCACGUGCGAAGUGGUGCUAAUCUCCAGCACAACCAGGUCCUUACUGUAACAGCCACUGAUCAAAAUGGAGAAGGAUUGUCUGGAACUAUCCAACUAGUAGUAAAACUAUUGGAUGUAAGCCAUAUAGCAGUAGUGACUGUCAGAGAUGUCUUCCUAGACGAUGAAAAAACAGUCUUAACUCAGUUAAGUGAUGCCGUCGGAUAUGAAGUCAAGGCUUUGAGGUCAGUUGUCGUAUCUGAUGACAUAAAUGAAGAUGUCACUAGGCACAAACGGCAAACUAACGCCAGAACUUCACUACAACUUUAUGUAUAUGGACUAGUCGAACAAGAACCUGUUGUAGUUACUCAACUGACAAGUGAUUUUAAUAACCAAGCUGUCAUCCAGAAUGUAGUUACCAUCCCACUGGAAACUCAUUUGGAAAAUGGGAACACGGUGAUACAAACUGCAGUUGGAUUGUUGAUAGCUACAAUAAUCCUUAGUGUUCUACUAUUUGCGGCUCUUUGUGUAAUAGGCGUUUGGUUCUUCCUAAGAUGGAGGAAGAACAGACAUUACAACGAAUUCACCGAUAAUAGCAGUCUUGCAUCAAGAAAUGCAUCGCUUGGAGAGCAAGACAAACCAGAAGAAGUCAGACCACGACUGAAUAUUGAAGAACUAAAGAAAAGCGAGAAAAGAUUACAAGAAAGAUUGGCAGCCCCUAUGGAAGAGGUUACAGUAGAACCGAUGCCAAGAAAACCAGAGCCUGCUGUGGAAGCUAUAUUAGAUGUGCCAGUGCCUCAACAUAGUGUACCAAUAGUGAUACAAUCAAUUGAUAAAUUAAAAGAUGCUGACGAUGACAGUGACAAUGAUGAAUUUGGGGAAGUCAGUAAAGCACGUAGAAAAUCCGUAGUGACAUUCAAUGAAAAUGUUGAAAAAAUAAUUCAUGUACAAAACGAGGUUGAUGAAAGCGAAACAGAUGGCAUUAUUACUGUUGAUAACGAUGAUGCCGGCAGUACUAGCACCGAUGACAUUGCAAUUUACAGACUAUAA